AUGCUAAAAACUGAUGAUGGCGUUGAACUUUACAAGGACGACGAAAAGGCUGAACAUCUGUCCAGGUUCUUUCAGUCGGUGUUUACGAGAGAAGUCGCUGUACCCACUGAUAACUGUAAUGUGGACAAUGUCCCGACAAUUGACUCAGUGGUUCUCACAAAACCUAUUGUUCAACAGGAAUUACUGAAGCUAAAAGAAGGGACUUCGCCCGGUCCUGACGAAAUACCCGCAAAGUUGCUGAAGGAAUUAGCCACAGAAUUGGCAGAACCUCUGAGCGUCCUCUUUCAAGCCUCUCUUGAUGCAGGCAGACUGCCUCAUGAGUGGAAGACUGCGUGGAUUUCACCGAUUCAUAAAAAUGCCAGUCGCGCUUCCGCAAACAACUACCGACCAGUAAGCCUCACCUCCAUAUGCUGCAAAGUUAUGGAGCAAAUAAUCAAACGCGAACUGAUGCGGUUUUUAGAGCAAAAUCAUCUUCUGUGCGAUGCACAGCACGGUUUCCGCAGAGGGAGGUCCUGCUUAACCAAUCUACUCUACUGUCUUGAACAGUGGACCCGAGCGAUUGAUGAAGGAAACGUUGUGCAUGUGGCCUACAUAGACUUCAAGAAGGCAUUUGACAGCGUGCCACACCAACGUCUCCUACACAAGCUCAGCCGCAUAGGGGUAAGAGGCAAGCUUUUGAAGUGGAUUGAAAACUUUUUGGUCGGUCGGUCCCAGACUGUUCGUCUUGGUGGCCAGCACUCGGCAGAGGUGACGGUUACGAGCGGAGUACCUCAGGGCUCCAUUCUUGGCCCUAUCCUCUUCCUCAUCUAUAUUGAUGACUGUAUCCAUGGAUUGGACUGCAGGAUUGCCAUGUUUGCUGACGAUAUAAAGCUUUGGACCGUCAUCCGCAACGAGGACGAUGAAGCAAAUUUACAGGCAAACUUAGACCGACUCGAAAAAUGGUCAGGCCACUGGCUCCUCCCAUUUAAUGUUACCAAAUGCAGCAUUCUGAGGAUUGGCAGAACCAGCUCUGCGCACCGGCAGACGUACUAUCUAAAUCACACACCGCUGCCACUGGUAGAGGUUCAGAAAGACCUAGGGGUGUGGAUAACAUCUUCACUAAAGCCAUCAUUCCACUGCUUGAAAGCAGCGAAAUCCGCAAUGUCCAGCUUAUAUUUCAUCAAGCGGGCAUUUGCCAAGUUCGAUGAAGAGUGCUUCCGCAAGGUCUUCGGGAUGUUUGUGCGCCCACAGUUAGAAUUUGCCAUUCAGGCCUGGAGACCCUGGACUGUUAAGGAUCGUACCACCCUCGAAAAAGUCCAACGACGGGCAACCAAGCUUGUCUGAGGUCAUAAAAACCUACCUUACGAAACCAGACUUUCAAAUCUUAACCUCUUUCCCCUGGACUACAGACAACUCCGUGGCGACUUAAUUCAGACGUUUAGAAUGUUACGGGUUCGGGACUGCUGCCUCGCAUCCGGCGACUUCUUUGAGCUGGCCACCACUACUAGCUUGAGAGGACACCCUCUGAAACUACGUGUGACAGGAGCGAGACUGGACGCAAGUAGGUCCUACUUCAGCCACAGAGUGGUAAAGGCAUGGAACGCCCUACCUGUGGAUGUCGUCCUGUCCUCAUCCGUGGACUCAUUUAAGAGAAAGCUUGACCAGUACAGGGAUAUGUACCUCCACAGCAUCAGAAACUAACGAACCCCCCCCCUCAUGUGCCACCCGUCCCAUCCAACGUUUUAUGUUACAAAGCAUGCUACUCCCAAUAUUUUAGUAACAUUACGUUUUACAAUUUUCGCUAUCUCCUGACCGCCACAUAUGCGCUUGCUUUGAUAUUACUUGGUCCAUUCAUUGCCGUACUGGAUCUUGUACAAUCUUGACACAGAAGGCAUUCACAGACAAAUUCAUACCAGUGACCAAUGCUUGUUGUAUGUAAUUACUUACCUAAUUUUUUUCACACUUGCCUUACACAUUGUUUUUUUUAUGACGUUAUUGUAACCAAAAGGGAGUUCAAAGGCGUUCGCCUACUUUUCCCUUAAUAAAUCUGAUCUGAUCUGAUCUGGGUAUAGAAAGCCGUGGUUUCGACUACGAAUAACCCGUUGGUCAUACGGUUGGUGGUGUUGGCACAUUCGGUAACGAACUUACCCACGUCUUUUUAGUGUGUCAUCACUUAUGUUUUGUACUUUAUUCAUCUUAUCGUUUACCUUAUGUUUUACCCCAUAGUCCUGUAAUACUUUGGUUUCAGUAUUGGCGAAAAUGAGAUUUCCAGGUGUCUUAUCAAAAUGGAAGGGCCGUUCACAGGAUUAAGUUUGACUUUUAACGUUUCGAGCAGCGAUUUUGCUUACCCAUCUUCAAAGCAGUCGCACAAUGCCCCUUCAUAGAUUGGAUCCCCGUUUCUCCGUGAUCUGUGUAGCUCCCUCCAUCGUUGACUGCGGCAAUAAUUAGCGGCUUCGAUUGUUUCGCUUAGUUACUUCCUGCUACCAAGAACGUUCGUAAGGCUUGACAAGGGGAGGAGACUUGGUGUGGAAAUUGGUUCGACUGUCGGUGGGCUUCUAGACUUAUCGCGCCUGCCUUGAUUUGUGAUUAUCGCCCUGGCUCAUACUUUCAACGGCGCUGAAGUUGGAGAAAUGUCCCUUGUGCGCGGCAUAAGUUGAUCCCACCGCCCUUAGCUCCAGCGUUCCCUCGGCCAACCAAUAGUCGUGCAUUCGUGUUGGCAGCUGUCGACUGGUUUCUCCAAGAUAAUACCACAUGGAAGUCAGUAGACAACGAGCGACUUACGGUUAGGGUCUUUCAGCCGUAUCGCUUGCGGACGGAGUUUUUAGUCAGGUUUGUAAGCAACUUUUAUUCUGAGCAGUACGAGGGAUGUAACUGCGGCUUCUGAGACCCCUUCAUACACAAAGUGCUCCGCCGUCACUUCGUCUAACUGCGCCCCUUUAUUCCGUGUCAUUUGUGACGUUUGACUACUCUCGGCGACUGCUCGUGGAUAGCCGUCAGCACUGAAGUGUUCUCGAAGUAGCUUUAUCUCAUUCCGUUAGGUGACCUGCGUGCUACAAUGAGUUUCCGCCCACCCACAUGGCGUCCGUACACAGCUUCGUUAGUAUUGCAGUAGGUAGUUGCUGUUGUAACUGAUCAUUUGCCGCGUAUUCACCUGCCUCCGGUAGACUGUAGUCGCCAGAUGGUCGUCUGAUUGAUUACCGACGAGAACACCCAAGAAGAAAAGUCUGUUCUCUUCUUUCCUGAAUUGUAGAUUGGGUUGACCGAGUUUAGUCGACAUUGGCGGCCUACACAUAAAUAAAAAUGCGUCAUAUAAUGAGGGCUGUGCGCAUGAGUCCAAUUUCCGACGAUUGGUAGGCGAAAUCACUACUCAAAGUGUCCGAACCCAAACCUCUUCCGAUGAACACCUCUUCCUUUGAUACUUUCGUUUGUUUUCUCUAUCUCAUUGCUAAUGAAGUCACACCCGGCUACAUAACCACACUUUAUUCCACCUACUAUCCCACCCGAACUCUCCCUUUCCGAGAUAUCUGCUGAUCGCUUAGAUUCUUAAAAUGGGUUAAAUGGACCCUUAUAUCCUAGUGGAGGCUUAUUACAUUCCACGGGUGUGAGGUGCUACUGGAUUUCAGCCUUCUCGGAUUACUCUGCCCCCAUCAGGUGCGACUGACCUACACAAUUCGAGCCGAAUAUGUAUGUCUGGGGUUUUUCCGAUACAAUCUGGCCUAUUUCGUUUGUUCCCUACACUUUAUUUGCGUAAGUUGUUUGUUCUUUCGUGAAUGGGCAGUUGAAUGGUGGGAACACAUGCUUCUGACACUUGACAUGGCUCGCCCGGAUAAAAUAGUGAAGAUCUGCAGCUCCAGCUAUUCAAAUAAUUUUACGUCGGAUAUUCAAGUUGAGCGACCCUGAAUUAGCCGUUUUGAAGACUGCAGAUCAUGUCGCCGGCGGUGUCUUUAUGUAAAUAAGAUGAGGAAUUUAUAAUGCGUGUGCCCGAAUAGCGCCGUUGUCUGUGCCAGAAGAGCUAUUAUUUUACAGUCCAAAAAGCGGUCCAAAUGAACUUUCGUCGCAGAUGUUUUUGGGAAAAAGUCCGAAGCUCGACGCUUAAUGAAGAAGUAUGGCAUGUGGGAGUCCGCAGACACCUGGAUCAUACGACAAAAUUCUGUAGAAUCUGCAAACCAACUUUACGACCGUUUGGCUUGGAGAUGACGUGAAUGGAGGAAGGCUAGGAUUGGAAUGGUAUGUUUGAUAGUGAGUAGCAGCAGACGAAAACCGAACGCCCUCAAUGGCAAGGCUAUGUCAGCCUGAUAUCUAUUAGCCGCCCCAGGUCGAUAUACGGAUAUUUACUAGGUGCCAACUCCGGCCACGGCAUCGAUAUAAAGUCGGUGUCGAACUGAGAAAACAGCGAAAUCAGACCCCAGACAUUUACUUCCACUCCCUUCCUUAAGUGUACAGCCCGCGCACUUUGGAAGGCUUUAAAAACCUAGUGUAACCUUUGCCGCCCACGUUAUAGCCUUCACCCGUACCACAUUCAUUUGAGAAGCUCCUGAUGUGGUUAAUGUGACACAUUUGCCCUCACAUGAUAAUGAUGAACGUUUGCGAAUACUCAAACUUUUAUUUAAAAAUACAAAUAAUCGUAUAUAAUACUUGAUGGCUAUCAUAGAAAAGUCGAUCUGUCGUGAUCUUCGUGGUCUGUAAAAUGCGACUGAGUCAGUUAACUCUUUUAUUGGUCCCGCCUGUUGUUCUAGAGGUUAACAGUAAAAAGAAUGGAAGAGAACAUGGAUCUACCGUCCAAGGAAAUUGUCCUAGAAGGCCUGUGCAGGCGCUUUCCACAGGCGUUUUGUAAAGGCCGACUCGAGAACCCUUACAUCUAUCGGCAGUGGACUACUCCACUUCGUAUAUACGUCUACUUAUAAUGAAAUCAGGUUCGAAAUCAGCAUCCUACCUGUUAUAACCUCGUAGACAGCGGAGCCACUGAGGCUUUCCUUCAUUUUGCGAUCCUUGAAGUUGACGUGUUCUGUGAUGUCAUCGUCGAAGAUGGCGUAAAAUAUUUUUCGUACAAAGUCAUCAACAUUCCGCCCCCCAAGACAGAGGAACUAAGAAGUCUAAUGGGAGUAGUAAGUAUACCGUGGUAGCCUACCGGCUGUUUCCGAACCUCCAUGUCACAAAGUCGUACAUUUAACUGCUGCAGGUCGAUUCUUGUGCGCACAGGCGUACUAAUUGGAUUCCGUAGCAGUUCGAUAGAAGACUGCGUAGUGACGGCUGGCGUACGCUCUGCAGCAGUUUCCAGCGCGCGUAUGCACGAAAGGAUGUCUCUGACUUCGUAAUACCCGAAAACGGUAAUCCUAAUAUGAAGUGAAAGCCGCCUAUAUUGUGCGAUUUUCGAAGACUCCAAUCCACCUAAAGGUCAACCGUUUUCAGAUUUAAGCAGUCAUUUGUGUCGGCAGCUUCGAAAGAACGUAGUGUCGGCGGAUGCCCACUUUCGUUGGCCUUUGAGCACAGACUCCUAACCCGCAACCCCACCAUUUUAUUUGCUACGCCUAACAGGGUUAAAGACCAAAAAUCUAAACAUUCCAACCCUGUGGUUGUCGUUUGCUGAGUUCCAAAAUUCAUCGUCCUUUUUCGUGCUGUCAUUCGCGUACACUCCCACCGACAGCUCGACCGUCGUUUUUAACGAUGUCCACCGCAUGGUAAGCGCGGGGACGGUGACUUGCGCUGCAUCCACCUCGGUCCUCCUCACCUUGGCCCUAAUGUCAAGAUAGAUCCAAGAAGACCGGAGGCUAGGUCGGGCGCAGGUAGCCGACGCGGCGCGAGCCUGCAACCAGGCGUGCCACAUCCUCCCAUUUGUGGCAUUUGUUACGGGUACGCAGCUCAACAACGUGUACCAUACUCUGAUUUGGUCUCUGUUUUGGUCCAAUAAAAAAACCCGCGUGGUCCGUUGUAGGGGGCAAACUCUCCCGCUACUGCGCACCACUCGUACCCAUGAUAAGCGCUCACAUUAUAGUCGCUUUGUGAAAGCUCUGGCCGAGGUGUCGUAUGUCACAGCGCCAGCACGAAAUACAGCAGGUGGGCGUGUUUGCACUGCAGUCUACAUUCCGCAAUUAUCUAGGUUCGUCUAUAGGAGACUUACAGAGCCUGCUCACAUCUAAUGGCUUUCCUCAAUCCAGUAGAUUUCUGCGUGGAAUGUGUCGCUUAUGGACGGCUUCGUUAGGGUCUUGCGUCUUCCGAAAAACUGGCAAACCGUUAAUCAAGUUUCCUACUACUUCCUCGUCGAGCAGUUCCUUUUCUUGAUUCUUGAAUCGAACGUGGGCGUAUUUGCCGCCGUCUAUACGCACGACCUGUGAGAAGCACGAUCACCCAGCAGUGUUCACGGAUCCGCUGGCAUGUUCCAGCAGAUGUCGCUAGUGAGGAUGCACAAUACUUAUUACAAGGGUCAUUCGCGCCGGUUCCUCCGAACCCCCAUGUUUGGUGGCUAUCUCACCUCGAAACAGAAUCUCCCUCUGUCCGAAUGGCGCUUGCGCAUGCAUCAGGAGUUCCAGUUUCAAUUCCAUAAUCUGCAUCUGAAAGUCACGAUUUGCCCACCCUACCUUCGCCGACAUCCUCCAACAACAUACUGCUACCUGGCACCUCGGAAGAAAUUUCUUUAAAUAGAUGCUGCUUGUGAUCCUCCUCAUCAAUUAUACGACAAAUUUCGUCUACAUCCGCACUUAUGCGCCUUUGAAGAGCACGUUUGAAUUCCUGCUUAAGCUCAGGCUUAGGGAAAUUGAAGGGCAAACAGAAUUAAUAACGUUAAGAGGAAUUUCCCGAUAGAGGUUACGCAUGCCAAGGCAAAGACUAAAAAUAGUGACCGCUUGCGCGAACACGCAGCGCAAGUAACAUACACCAACCAUUCAGGGCGCCAAAACACGGUUGACCAAUGAGAAGCCACGGCUAAAUCACCUCGAAAUGUCGAAAUAAAGGUACAUCGGCGAGAUAUCGACUGGAGUCGGAGACCGAGGCGCACACACAAGGUAAGCUGCAAUAAAAUACGACGCGUUAUACAGAAUCAAAAGACUGAAUCAGACGAGGGCUGAGGGGGACAUCGGUCAGGACAUAGGACCAAAGCAACAGUUUUCUCUAGUAUAAGCGCCAUCGGUGUUUAUAAAACCCAAAAAGAGUGUGUUUCAGUCUGCAAGUAGCUGGGAGCUUCCAGGGAGUGGGACAUACUGAGAGGAGAGAGGGGAUAAUUCUUCCAAAAUGAAGUGCUACGACAGCCUCGAUGGGUUCGUAACUUGCUGCGGAGACGAAGUGUCUAAUUACUUCAAAAGAAGGUUUCUCGGGCUUAAUUCGUGUAUUUUAGGGAGUACUUUGUCCCAAAGGACGUGAUUGGCAUGUGAUCGACCCUACAUUGGGAUGAAAAGUUAGACUUUUCAGGACCUUUUUACCCUACAGACUUCAAACAGAAUAAGCCGGCCUUCUUUUGGCAAUGAGCGUUUUCCGAAACUGUACCCUUACUAACGGUGUAUUUGGAUCACGACAAUGGUUGGUAUUGUAAGUGCAACGAAACAACGGGACAUGAAGCUUUGUUCAAUGAACUUUUGGGGACGUCGCCUAAAAAGAAAUAGUUAUUUAGGUCGCCUAGCAGCGGCCUGCAAACAUUGCUUCGACAGCUCCAAGUUAAUUACACAGAAAACUGGGCAAUCUAGUCCUUAGAGGCUGUGCGUGGACGAAAUUUUAAGUAAAAAUCCGCUUUACUCGGUGAAAUGACGAUUUGCUUGCAGUUAGUAGGAAGUCCAUUUGGACAAUUAUUGCGAAUCUGUCCGCGUGUCCUCCAGCUUUUUAUCAUCACCAAGUAAAAGGGCUAUGGACACAAAUAACCUAGGUGAACUGUCAAGGCACCAACCCUUGACAAAUACCACUAUGAGCGGACUGUUUAAAUGGCUUGACGUCCCGAACACGCACGGGCAGUCCCAUGUGAAUGAUGACUCCUAGUUCGACUAUGCAUAUUAUCCAGCUAGGUCUAAUUCCAGAGGUUCUCUCAUUUGCAGGCGUUAACUUAUCGCGUGGGAAUCUGCAUUGAGGUCAAGUCGUCGGUUUCAGCAUCUGUAGCACUGUGUCCUACCAAGGAUUUAUACCGUACUCGAAAGGUCAGAAAUACUAUUUUUACUAAAAAAACUGUUUCGACUCUGAUUUGUGCUAGUUCGGCCUCGAUGUUGUCGCUGACCCUACGGCUUUGUGCAUGACGAUAUAGGACGGCGGAUAUAGAGAGCUCAAUCAACUCCCUUCUCCAGCGACAAAGGCUAAAUACUGAGGGUUCAAAAACCACCUUGAUGAGAAACAGAUCCAGAUCACCUUGGUUGCAUUUCUUCGAUGGCCUGGGAUACUCUCACUUCAUCUGAAAAAUAGGUCUGGAGUGGCAGUGCUCAAACACCUCCAGUUUUCGCCCAUCUUUCACGCGCACAGCUCUAUUUGCAGGAGGGCUGACCGGACCGAUACGUGUUGCAGGGGAUUCUUUGGAUGAUACAGGUGUUGUGACGGGACCAUGAAACUCUCAAAGGCAUGUGAGAGUUUCGCGGUCCCGUCCUUGAUCUGUCUAUUUAGUGGCGACUUCGCACCGAAAUAUUUAAAACUAACUCCCUCGAGUUGGCGGUCAGGAAGCUUGGAGAGUUCAUUUUUCAAAUCAGAACUGUAAAACCUCAACUUUCCCAGCAUUGGUGGAUAAACCGACUGGCUUGGCGACAUAAUUCAUCCCUGACACUACAUUUCGUUCGUUGUCAUAGCCCGGAGCCAGGGAGACGAUAAUGCCAGCGCCGACCUCCGCAUUCAAAUCCGCGUAGGACCCUCCCAGGAAUCCAACCAGCAACUCACUUAAACAGGGUUGUUUCUAGGAUUUUGUUGACAUGGCGGCGGUUUGCCACUAGUCACCUUGGGUAUUUGUCUGACAAAUGUGACCACUGAAGUUUGUCUGUGGUAGCGAAAAUGCGGUACCCAGGUGACGUCAAAAGAGGCAGAGGAAUUAACUGGAAGACGUUUAUUUUGAACCUGACGUCUCGAUUAGUGUGACUUAGGCUACCCGUUUUCGGAGACUGGAGAUUCCUGUUCACAGCUGUCAUUGUCUGGUGCAUUUUGCCCGAUUCACAGGUCGCUAACGGCGACUGUGGUGGUGGUGGUGGUGGUGGUGGUGGUGGUGGUGGUGGUGGUGGUGGAUCGAGUUCCCAUUUCACUGUGAUCUGUACCGUUGCUGACCUUGUUGACUGCGGCGAUAACUUGCAGCCCUGAGCGCUCCUGGAUGUGGCCCGGGCACAGAAAUUCGGUUUCGUUUUACGACCCGAGCCGAUGGAGAAGGCAGCAACUAUUGGUCAUUAGUGAAGAAAAUUCUUGGAUUUGUCCGGCGGUGCCCAGGUGGUUGGGUCAGCGGAAGAACCCUACAGUUGCCUCCGCAGAUGACUCCCGCCAGGUCACACAACUAUGAUUCCUUCCGCAAACUCCGGAAAAUGAGGUCAAAGUCGGCUAGGGAUGAUCGGUAGAAAUAUUCGGCUGAAACAGCGACCACCAUGGGGCAGGCCUCAAACAUUGGUGCCACUUGAAAACUCUGCCAUUAGCCUUCUGCACUAAGUGACUGAUGGCUUUGUUGCUGAUAACUCGGCCAAGGUUGAUCACCGGCGUGAUCACUUUGAGAACCUUCUCAACAUUGAUGAUCAACCCAUCACACCCUCGCUUUCCUCUGCAAGGGAGUGUCGCUUCGCCAAUCUGAUUUUAAUUCAGACUAUACUGCAACGUCAAAUUGGCGAACACGUGUUUUCAGUAACUCUUCAUCAGGCCAAAACGGUUACAAUUAAGUUUAAGUUAUGCGAAUUACUUGACUUAUAAAUGAUUCGGGACAAUUAACAUCGAUCUUUCCCACGCCACUCGCAUGACGAGGCGUGCUAUGGCGUGGUCGGCGUGUCGUGGUCAUUGGGUUCAGGGGGCGAGGAAGAGGGCGGCAUAGGCUGUGAGUACGUCGGGUGCCUUGUGCACACACCCUGGCAUCAGGAGGUUGGGGCGACGUUGGGGUCGGCGUCGGCCACGGAAGACAGAGCGCCAGUGUCAGAGUCUUCUGACAGCAUAGCACUGGAUUGGCUAGCCGUAUAGCCACUGCCUCAGCUGUAGCUAGCACCCGUUGGCGUAGGCCUUUGGAGAAGCCUGCUGGUGUCCGGUAGACAAUCUGAAAGGCUUCUUUGGCAUCGACUCGGUGAUUCGUAUCGACAAGAUGUGCGAGAAUAGAACUCGAGAUCGAUUUCUUCUCACCUUUGCCUAACCAGGCCGGUAUGUGUUCACGUACUCUCUUUUCCAAGCGCCUCGUUGUACGGCCAAUGUAUCCCGCUCCACAGGAGCAAGUGAAUGAAUAAAUACACAUCGAUGUGGCCUGCAACGGAAGUCGGUCUUUACCUCCCAAGCGUAGGAGGGGAGAGUUAGUGAAACACACACGUAAGUUCGCCGCGGGGAAAGCGCUACUGAUCGCUCUCUUCAGACGUCUUUUUACUAGUUCUCUUGCUGCGUCCCCUUGAAAAGACAAUCUUAUAAAUAAGUCCUUCUUUUCUGCAGUUGCCAUGGUAGGCUUUGCAGUGCGCUCCCCUAUAUUUCGAAGGAUAAAUCUUUCUGGGUAUCUGUUUUCGUGGAGUGUAUCCCGCAGCUGCUGGAGUUCUGCCUCCACAGUCUCAGCAGAGCAGAUACGGCCGUCGCUGACACUUGAUCGUUCUUACAACCGACUUCAUGAUGACUUCAUUCUAUACUCCCACGGCCGUUUGUUAGCAGUGGUAUCAAUGGAGAAGGUCUCAAACGUUGACGACGCUCGAAAACUAUCCCAUCGAUACUUAGUGAGUUCGCUCGCCAUGCGAAUGGCGGCUUUAUUGCCGACAACUUGCCCAAGGUCGGUCGCUAGCGUGGGCACUUCGGAUGCCUUCGCAACUUCUAUGAGCGACGCCUCACAUCCUUGCUGUCCUCUGCAGCGGAGUUUUAUCCCUCUCCAGCCUACGCAGUGUCAUGUGACCCCCCGUCUUCCUGAAGGAGAAGUCGCCGAUACAGUGCGCAGGCUGUGCUACAACAAGGCGACUGGAGAGAGUGGUAUUCUCACAGAAUGCUACAAGUCGUAUGUCGACACUGGCGCCCUGGCUCCACGAAUUGAUUGAUCAGGCGUGGGGAUAUGAGGUUGUUCCUGAUGACGGGGGGCUGGGGCAUAUUUGUGCCUGUCUUCAAGAAGUGAGGUUAGACAAGGCGCAAGAACUACCGCGGUAUAAGCCUCAUCGACUUUACCUCGAGUGCCUUCGUUGUUCUCCUUAGGAUUCACUCUGUCCGUGAAUACCGGACAAGACCUAAACAAGCCGGGUUCUGAGCUGGGUGUGGAUGCGCGGACCAAAUAUUCACACUGAGGUGCAUUUUGGAAGUCUGCCGAUCGACGGGCAUCCGCUGUGUUGAGUUCGAUUCCGUCCAUCGUGAGUCCUUGUGGCAGGUAAUCGAACUAGAUGGUGUGCCGGCAAAGAUAAUCGCCAUGCCCAAGUUCUGGUCCAUAGCAAUCUGUCCCAACCAUUCGAUAUCUGAUCUAGCGUUCGGCAAGGUUGUGUCCUGUCGCCCAUCCUAUUCACCCACGCCAUUGGCUGGAUUCUCGGAAAGGCUCUACACAAUUUUGACGAUGUUGAAUCUGCACCCGGGCGCCGACUCGCUGGUCUCGACUAAGCCGGCGAUAUCGCGUUGCAAGUCUCAAUCUUUGGUGAUGGAUGAACGUAGUAGCGAAAUCUCGGUUUAUCCAUAAACACUGGAAAGACCGAAGUGUUUUCAAGCUGCAUCCCUGAGCAAAUGGAGCUGUCGACUUGAAGAAGUAGAGUUUCAAAUACCUCAGAGUGAGGCUCCUGCCCAGUGGGACGACAUUGUCUUCCGAAUCGGUGCCGCUCGCUGGGUUUCCGCAAUCCUUAGAAAGUGUUUAUGAACCCAACGCGACAUCUCUAUCGCCGAGAAAUUCCACGUGUACCAGGCACCCGUCCGGUCAGUCCUCUAGGCUUGUGAAUGCUGGACUGUGCGCGUGGACGAUGAGCGAAGACUGGAGUUAUUUUACCACCGCUGUCUGAAGACCAUUUUUGAGUGAAACACUCCGACUUCGUCUCAAAUGGAGCAGUUCGCACUCGCUGCAACAUCGUUGCGAUAUGCCAGGCCAUCCAAGAAGGACGACGAAGGUGGUUUGGGCAUGUUCUCCGUCGUCCAUCUCAGGAGCUCAGUGUUACUGUCAUCGAUCCGGCACCGUUACCCCAUCGGAGACGCCAAAGAGCGUGUCAGCUCCAAACCUGGCUCGAAACAGUCUGUCAAAACAUGGAAGUGGUUCUUGGACCUUCGUUAUUUGGUCUCCGUCGCUGGAGAGAAAAAUGGAUCGAGCUGUCCGGAUCCGCUGCCGCGGACCGCUACUCGUGGAGACGUGCGAUCCGAGACAUCAUCGAGGUCGACUAAAUCAAGCAGAAUCACAGGUGUGCCAAGUGGCAGUUCGACCGUCAAUUCCAGCUAUGUUCACCGUGUGCUCCACAGCACGAUGGGCGCAGUGACGGUGACUUGCGCGUGAAUUAGUUUAUGGUGGUAACAGACUUGCGCUGCGUCUACCGAUUUCUCUCACCCCGUGUCAAGACAGUCAAGAAGACCAAAGGUGGGAUCAGGCGCAGGUGGUUGGCGCGGUGGGGAUCCGCACCUCGGCGUGCCACCACCUCCCUGGUCUAAGCACGAAGGACCUUGAUUUCACACAACAAGAAGGCAAAGGGGCGACUCGAGCCCAAACGGAGUAGGAAUGCCAUAAAGGCCACGUUAAGAAGGAACCAUGGCCGUUUGACUCAGUCCAUCAGUCGACCACUCCACAAAAGCACACAUUGGACCGUCUACAAGGUCUAAUUUGAGUUGUUAGUUGGCAACCUUCGAAGCCGUGAUAGUCUUGAACGCGUCAGAUUGCUGAUAGUGAGAAGAAUUCGCUAAGUCGACGUCUUCCCCUAUUCCCCUGCACCAGUCCAUUGUUCGCGCAAGCCAACCGAGUACAAGUUCACACUAUCAUUGUCUCCUGCCAAAUGGGUUCUUAAGAUUAGAUUGGUGGGAGGCAAGUUUGCGUGGCUGUCGACUGAGCAGUCGUGGGACAUCUAGACUUCCGCUGUCUGCCGUGAUGUGGGAUCUUCGCCUCGGCCAACAAUCCCAACAUUAUAAAAGUUGAAUAUGUGUUCCAUCUGCGCGUCAUGCGUUGCCACCUCCGACCUUGUGUCUGAUCUUUGAAUGACCAGCUGAUGCCCAUGCACUCGCCUUGGCCGGUUUCCCCGACGUAAUUGCACCCAAAACAUCUGAUCCAAGGUAAACCUCCCCCAAUGAACGCUCCCUUUUUGGCUGGAGCUCGUCUCCAGUCACUAGCUCUUGUAAUGAACAAUCAGCGGCAACGCGCCUAAAGGUUUCGGGUCUAAUUAUUUAAUACAGUGCCUUCUGUCGCCAAAUGUACAUGAUAGAGUCGUCAGAAUAAUUGGUGAGGAAGUACAAAGAAACACAGACAAGACCAAGGUAGAUUAGGAUGACCUUUUCGGGCAUCUUAGUCGUCGUCAGCCAGCCACACUCAAUCCCAGAUCUGUAUGACCGGAAAUUCGAACCGGAGUUUCUUGGUCAUCGAUCGUUGAGUCCAGCGCUCCAUUAUGAACCACUGGCCUGUUAUCCAAUCAAUUGUGAUGGGGAAUAUUUAAUAUCGUUUGUGAUCAUUUCUGGCUUUUUGAAUAUCCCCGAUCGCAGCCGACAGGACAGCGGGCCCAUGGCUCAAUGAUAGAGCGUUGAACUUUGCUCUCAAUGACCAAAGAAUCAUAGUUCGAAUCCUAGAUCAUGAAAACCUGUGGUUGGGCAUGGCUGGUUGGCCGUGGCUCAUAAGCCAGCAACGAUAAUCUCAGUCUUCGUUGUUUUUGUCUGUGUUACUACUGAUCGCCACACGACUGUCCGCGAGGGGUCUAAAAUGAGCUACAAGGCACAACAGGACUGCUCUGUCCCGUGACUUGACUAGCUAUCUGCCUUCUCACGAUAUUUAUAAGGAAUUCUUUGGAAAACUGGGCACAUUGCUUCAGCGCACAUUUCACCCUUAUUGAUCCAAGAGGGUCUGGAGAUUUUUUCCCUGUCAGUCUUUCUCUCGGUUGCUCCACCUCUUUGUUUUGUACUUUGGGGGUUUGGAGGUUGUUAUCCAAAAUAGAGUUCAGUUGAUUCAGUCGGACUCUGCCUUUCUCAGUAUUUCAGCCGAGACAACAAUGCUGACGGCACGCGACGAUGUGGUUCUGACGCUCACGGAGGAUGAUGAUGCUCUCCCCGGUCCGGCUGAUGGCACACUGAGUCGGCGGGAAUUGGCGCGCCGACGAAAGUUGGCUCUAUUCGCCCACUUUGCCGUUCGCAGCCUGGCUCUCAUAACGUAUCUCUUCUGUUCUUGGUUCACUACCGCCUUCAUCACUCCCGUGAUCUGUAUCCUCACCUUCUUCGCUGUGGAUUUUUGGUUGGUAAAGAAUGUCUCUGGCCGCCUGCUAGUUGGUCUGCGUUGGUGGAAUCAUGUGGAUCCUACGACAGGCAAGAGUCAGUGGCUUUUUGAGUCAGCCGACACCGCCCCCGCUAGCGGACAGACGACAGAGCCAGUGCCGUUUGGCCGCAGUCGACAGGAGCUUGCUGCUCAGAGGGCGGCCACUCGGGCUUCUCGUCUCUUUUGGAUUGGCCUCUUCGUCUUUCCCCUGAUUUGGUUCCUCCUCCUACUCGCGGCCAUCCUCUCGCUCAAGUUGGCCUGGGCCCUGGUGGCCCUCUGUGGCUGUUUUAUGUGCUCACUCAACCUGUACGGCUACUUACGAUGCCGGUUUCAGGGUAAUAGCGGUGGUGAUGCUGGCGGUGAUGGAACUCGCGGCUCCAUGCUGAGCAUGUUGCGCGCCACUGUUACCCGCUCCGUCAUUGCAGACCUGUGGGGCAGUGGCGGGACUACUGCCGCUGCGCCACCCGAACAGCCGAAACCUGGGGUAUGA